ACGAGCUUCAGAAUGCUGAAAGUUUCAGAGUUCGGAGCCGAACUAUUUAGUGGGGCGAGCGGCGCACGUGGGGGCUGAGUGGGGCCGUCAUGGUGUCUCCUCGAGCUUGUGUGAGCAGGCUGGGCUCCGCGCUGCCCUUGCUGCUGGCGCUCUGGGAUCUGCACUACGAGGGGGCAGAAUGUGGAAUAAAUGCAGAAGUAGAAAAGCAGCUCGAAAUGGGAAAGAAGCUGUUAGCCGCCGGACAGCUGGCAGAUGCUUUGUCUCACUUCCAUGCUGCCAUAGAAGGGGACUCUGAUAACUACCUUGCCUAUUACAGAAGAGCCACAGUCUACUUGGCCAUGGGCAAAUCUAAAGCCGCCAUUCGUGACUUAAGCAGGGUGGUUGAGUUAAAGCAGGAUUUCACAUCGGCAAGGCUGCAAAGGGGACAGCUGCUUCUUAAGCAGGGAAAGUUUGAUGAAGCAGGAGAGGACUUUAGAAAAGUGCUCCGGUCUAAUCCUAGCGAUAAGGAGGAAACAGAUGCUCGCUCCCAGCUGCUGAAGUCUGAUGAGAUGCAGCGCCUGUGUUCCCAAGCACAGUCUGCGUAUCGCCAGGGGAAUUACUAUACUGCUAUCGGCUUCUUGGACGAGAUUCUGGAAGUUUCUGUUUGGGCUGCAGAACUGCGUGAGCUUCGAGCAGAAUGCUACAUCAAGGAAGGAGAACCCGGGAAGGCCAUCAAUGAUUUAAAAACUGCCUCCAAGCUGAAGAGUGAUAAUACAGAAGCAUUAUAUAAACUCAGCAUUAUAUACUACCAGCUAGGGGACCAUGAACUGUCUCUAAGUGAAGUUCGCGAAUGCCUGAAGCUCGACCAAGACCACAAGGAAUGCUUUUCUCACUACAAGCAAGUAAAGAAACUAAACAAGCAGAUUAUGUCUGCAGAAGAGCGAAUCCAAGAAGGCAGGUACCAAGAUGCCGUUGAUAAAUACGAGACAGUGCUGAAAACGGAGCCCAGCGUCCCUGCUUAUACCACACGUGCCAAAGAGAGAAUCUGCCACUGCCUCUCCAAGAACCAGCAGUCAGUGGAAGCCGUCAAGCUCUGCACUGAAGUUCUGCAGCUGGAAGGAGACAACGUGAACGCCCUCAAAGCCAGAGCCGAAGCGUACUUGCUAGAAGAGCAGUAUGAGGAAGCUAUUCGGGACUUUGAAGCGGCAAAGGAGCACAGUGACAACGAUCAAGAGAUCCUGGAAGGCCUGGAGAGAGCCCGGAGGAUGCUGAAGCAAUCCCAGAAGAGAGACUACUACAAAAUUUUAGGAGUGAAAAGGAAUGCCAAAAAACAAGAAAUUGUAAAAGCCUAUAGAAAGCUAGCAAUGCAGUGGCACCCGGAUAACUUCCAGGAUGAAGAAGAGAAGAAGAAAGCGGAGAAAAAGUUCAUUGACAUAGCAGCUGCCAAAGAAGUCCUCACUGAUCCAGAAAUGCGGCAGAAGUUCGAUGCGGGAGAAGACCCGCUGGAUGCGGAAAGCCAGCAAGGCGGAGGAAACCCUUUCCACAGAGGAUGGAAUUCCUGGCAGGGAUUUGAUCCCUUCAGUUCCGGAGGACCUUUUAAAUUUAAGUUCCACUUCAGUUAGAAAACUGCCCUCCCCUCCCUUCCUGCUUGGCUUCUAUGAGUCUGGAUUUUAUUUUAUUUUUAAAUUUCUAAGUAACUUAAAAUAGUGAGAUCUUUCGACAAGGACUUCAGUGAGAACUAGCCCUUCGGUGAUGGGAGGGUUAACUAAUGUAUACAAGAAUGUGACGCAACAGCAGAGCUAUUAGUACUCAUUGAUUUUAUAUUUCCGGUUGUCAAAUUCCUGACCUCUACUAGAAGAUGUGGAAGAAUAAUUAAGGCUGCAGUCCUUGGGCCCCUUUCUUGCAAGCGGUUCAAAGCCUUCAGCCCAAGUCCGUGUCGAAGAAAACAUUUUAUUCAAGAAUGCACUUUACAGUUUAGGGUUCCCAGGACUUUCCUGCGUCCUGGCGGAGGGGCUCCAGCCUGGCUCCCGGGGUUUUCUGGCGCACGCGCUGUGAUGACAUCACCCAGAUGUCAUUUCAUUCAUGGG